AUGCGCCAACCUCCCGACAGCCGAGGCUCCCGAGUCCAGCGCCGGCAGUUGCUGCAGGCCGUGUUUGCGCUGGUGUUGGCCAUUGGUUCGUUUUUAUUGGGCCAACGCAGCAGCGCGCCGCACAGCCAUGCAGCCCGGAGCGCCAAACUGCUGCCGGGCAGCGAGGAUGGCGGCAACGGCGUUGCGGUGGGGGACGCUGCACAGUCGAUCAAGGUGACCAGCUCGGUCACUGUGUCCAAUUGCCCCGACCUUCAAGUGGACCUGGCAUACGACGUGGUGGCUACAGCCGCCAGGAGGAUACAGGACCCCAAAUUCAAUGAGUCGUGGGUGCCGCUGCGGCGGCCCGGUUUCCAGCCGCCUAACAAUCCUGACCAGCAGGCGUUGUACGACAAAAUGUGGACAGGAGAUGACAGCUACAAAAAGUCCAGCUGCUGGGGAUGCCGAUUUGUGGGGGACGUGGUGGCGCGGCUCGAUUUCGACACUGUGCUGGAUGCAGGCACAGGCAAUGGCGGCAUUGUGCGGGCCAUGCAGCUGCGCGGCAAGUCGGCCUUGGGCAUCGAGCUGUCGCAGGCGGUGCUGGAGCGGGAUGCAAUGGAUCUGCUCAAGGCGGGACGUGUGGAGCAGGGCUCCCUCACAGACCUGCCCUACCAGGACAAGCAGUUUGACGUGGUGUUCAGCUCCGACGUGCUUGAGCAUAUACUGCCGGAGCAGGCGGAUGCGGUAGUGUCAGAGCUGGUGCGCGUGGCAAAGCGCCACAUCGUGCUCAGCAUCAGCCUCAAGUCGUACGAGAAUGUCAAGCUGCACUCGCUGCUGCGGCCGAGGCACUGGUGGGAGGCCAAGUUUGAGCAGCACGGCGUAAAGACCAACCGGGCGCUGGUGUGGGCACUGCAGCAGAAGGAGAACAGGCGAGCCGCAAGCAUAUUCAGGCGUGCCAACGACGAGUUCUUCCAGUGCCGUAUGGAGGGCUCGGAUGUAGAUGGCGGGAAGUACGAAGUGUGUGUGGUGUCCACGGAUGUGUGUUUGGAUAACCCCUACCUCAUCCUCCACAGUGAGGAAUACCAGCAGGUCGGCUUGCGGCAGGCAGCCAGGAUGCCGUCGCUGAAAUCCCGGGGUCCAUGGGGGAACGGAAUAAAGAUGCGAUACCCGUGGCUGAUGGGCGGCGUGAAGCGCGGCAGCGAGGUGGAGGCCGAGCUGAGGCGGGCCAGCCGCACCAGCGCCAGCCGCCGCCUGCGCUACAUGUUCAUGGACCCUCGGCUGGACGACCGGCAGGUGCCGCUGCCGCUCCUGCGGCCGGCCAGCUCCAUGGAGCCGCGCGGCUACCUGGCACGUCCCUCCUGGUCAUCCUGCACGGUGCCCGUCAUCUGGCGGCCCAUGUGGCAGGACAACCUGGGCCACGCGUUCCGAGAUACCGGCUCGCAGCUGCUGUCGGCGCUGGAGGCGACCCCAUGGAGGGAGCACAUCAAGCUUGUGCUGCUGACGGGUGAUGGGCUGGGCAUGUUCCCUCACCUGGAACUCAUCCUGGGCUCCCUCAGCACAAUGUCAGCGGAGUCGUUUGCCGACUUCAGCACCCGGCUGCCGCACUGGGCAAGCUGGAGCAGCCCACCCUGCCGCGCGAGCAAGCGCGGCCCGCCGCCCAAGCCGCCCAGCUACGAAGGCACUGAGCAGCGCUGCUUCCGCCAGCUGUUUUUCUGCGGCAACGGCACCCUGGGCACGCCCUCCACCCAGUACCGCCUGGGCCAGCACAUGGUGCAGUGGAUGCGGAAGGAGCAGCUGCUGCCGCAGCCCGCCGCCCCGCCCUGCACCGGCGCCUGCAAGCUGCGGCUGCGUGGCGGCAUCGUCACGCUGCGCCUGGCCUUCCACAAGCGCUCCAGCAGCGGCCGGCAGCUGCUCAACACGGCGGAGCUGAUAGAGCAGUGCAAAGGCUGGACGUAUGUGCCUCGGGGCGGCAGGACAACCUACAAGCUGGAGUGCAGCGAGGUCGAAUUUGUCGACCUGCCGUCGGGCGCCGCCGCUGCCCUGGAGGCCGACGUGUUUGUGGGCAUGCACGGCGCCAACCUGCACAACUCCAUGUUCCUGCAGCCGGGCAGCAGCGUUGUGGAGGUGAUCCCAUUUGAAUACGACAGCAGCCCCUGGGGCCACGCGCUGGCAAAGUUCAACAUGGAUGACCCCACCUCGCAGCUGCUGUGGUGGAGCAUCGUGGCGUGCGACGGCGCGCUGUCUGCGCCGGGCAUCGUGGAGGCGGAGGGCGUGUUUGACAAGCUGCAGGACAAGUCCACCAACAACUACGCCCGCAACCGCAGCGUGCGGCUGCGGUGGGCGGCGCUGGAGGCGGUGCUGCGGCGCAUCGUGGAUGCCCGGGGCAAGGCCGAGGCGUACCGGCGAGGCUACUUCGAGACGGGUGAUUGGCGGGUGUUCAUGUGGGAGGGAGACAUCCAGUCCCCGACCCACCCCGGCAACCUCACGUGCCCCUACUACCUGGGACGGCAGGCCCCCGCCCCCGCUUCGGUCGGACACGGGGCUGCCACGCCCACGGGAGGCUUGUGA